CCACGGGCACGGGCCUAGUCAAAGUGGAGAAAAUAAUCACAAGCAAUCACAAGUAGUCGUACGCGAGAGUGAAAGAAAACAUAUUUUUCAACGGUUGCCGCAUCUCGAAUCAAAAAAGUCAUGAAACAAAUAUUGAAAUUGGUUAAAAAUCUGAAUAUUCAUGAGAUUCGUUAAUUUUAAUUUUUAAAAAAUAUUGUAUUCCGUUGAUUGAAAAUAUAAAUUCAAAAUUCAACCGUUCUAAUUCACCGCUGACCGGUGUUUGGCGGGUGCCAGUGCCAGUGCCUCGGUGCGUAUUGAUAAGAACAAUUAGUAGGAAAUAACCAGGUUGAACAAUGGCAAAUCGUACAGUGAAGGAUGCGAAAUCAAUUCGUGGGACAAAUCCACAAUAUCUGGUCGAAAAAAUAAUCAGAUCCCGUAUUUAUGAUUCUAAAUACUGGAAAGAAGAAUGUUUUGCUCUAACAGCAGAAUUGUUGGUCGACAAAGCGAUGGAGUUACGGUUCAUCGGGGGCGUAUUUGGAGGAAAUGUCAAACCCACGCCAUUUCUCUGCUUAAUAUUGAAAAUGCUUCAAAUCCAACCGGAGAAAGAUAUCAUUGUUGAAUUUAUAAAAAAUGAAGAAUUCAAAUACGUUCGUGCGCUUGGAGCAUUGUACAUGCGUCUCACUGGCACUUCCCUCGAUUGCUAUAAAUAUUUGGAGCCUCUUUUCAACGACAAUAGAAAACUUAGGCAUCAAAACAAACAAGGACAAUACGAGCUCAUUCACAUGGAUGAAUUCAUUGACAAUCUUCUUAGAGAAGAACGAUGCUGUGACGUUAUCCUUCCAAGGAUACAGAAACGACAUGUUCUCGAAGAAAAUAACGAGUUAGAGGCUAAAAUAUCGGCAUUGGAAGACGACAUGGACGAGGGAAUGGAGAGUUCGGAAGAGGAAGAUUUGCCUCCGUUGAAAGAAGAAACGAGAAAAAGGCCGGACGAUUACACGAGAGAUCGCGAGCGUCACAGAGAUCGUGACAAGAGACAUUCGCGGUCCGACAAAAAAUCGGAUCGGGAUAAGCCGAGAUCUCGGAGCAGAGAACGCGAUCGAAGGGAUCGAAAACGUAGCAAGUCACCCAAAGGCCAUUCGUCUUCACACAAGGACAAAGACAGAGAGAAGGAUCGUUACAGACGAGACGACCGCGAUCGUGAAAGAGAUCGCGAGCGAGAAAGAGAAAGAGAACGAGAGAGGGAUCGUGAUCGAGAUCGAAGAAGAGAUCGCGAUCGAGCUCGACAUUGAAAGACUUUUGUCCUUCCAUAUAAUAAAAAAACGACAAUUUUUUCUGA